AUGGCUGCUUUUUCAGCCUGGUUCUGGAACGAGAAGUUCUGGUUGCCGUACAAUGUGACCUGGGCGGACCUCGCCGACCAGGCUCCCGGAGUGCAGUAUCCCAAAGUUGGACACUUGUUGGCCGCCUUCCCGCUGGCCGUGGGAAUAUUCGCCGUCAGGAUGCUCUUUGAGAGAUUUGUUGCCAGUUCAUGCGCAAGGAGCCUCCACGUUCACCCCGAGGUCAGACAAAGAGUUCAACCCAAUGCCGUCUUGGAAAAAGUCUUUACAUCCAUCACAAAGAAUCCAGAAUCGCACCAUCUGCAUGGCCUCUCCAAGCAGUUGGAUUGGGAAGUGUGCAAGGUCCAACGCUGGUUCCGACAACGCAGGAACCAAGACAAACCCGGCUUGCACGCCAAGUUCUGCGAGAGCAUGUGGAGGUUUACAUUUUAUUUUUGCAUAUUUACCUACGGCUUUCAGUUUCUUUGGCAGAGCCCUUGGUUGUGGGAUACGCGGCAUUGCUGGUACGGUUACCCUUUUCAGGUGUUGACGCCUCCUCUUUACCGCUACUACAUGACGGAGCUGGCCUUCUACUGGUCUCUUAUAUUAUCCCAGUUUACUGACAUUCGAAGGAAGGACUUCCUGGCCAUGUUUGUUCAUCACCUAGCGACGGUGGGCUUGAUCAGUUUCUCCUAUGCCACCAACAUGGUGCGGGUGGGCACCCUGGUCAUGUGUUUGCACGACGCCUCUGACAUCUGGCUGGAGGCAGGCAAAAUGGCCAAAUAUGCCAAGUAUCAGCGUCUCUGCGAUGUCCUUUUCAUGGUAUUCAGCGUGACCUUCUUCGUCACCCGCCUCAUCGUCUUUCCUUUUUGGGUCUUCAACACCACCAUGUUCGAGAGCUGGCUGAUCGUGGGUCCGUUCCCCUCGUGGUGGCUGUUCAACGUUCUCCUGCUGGUGCUCCAGGUUCUGCACAUCAUGUGGUCAUACCUCAUCGCACGCAUCGCCAUCAAAGCCAUUAUGAAGGGCAAGGUAUGCAACGAUGUACGCAGUGACGUAGAGAGCAGCUCUGAAGAUGAGUGGACAACAACGCCUGCGCACAAAGUGGAAAAUGGCACCAACGGACACUGCACCACCACUGUCAGAAGCAGAUUGCACGAGACGCCCACGUGA